UCCCAGCGCGACGUGGAGCGGGCUGGGGAAACUGAGGCAUGGCCAGACGACGGCGCUGGAAAAGCGGUGUGAACCCCCACCCCCGCGUCCCACUGCCCCCCUUUCAUCUCCCUUCCCAAGAGUUUGGGAGUCUUGGGGCGCUGGGGACCCCCUUUUCCGAGGCCGGCGGUCGCUCCCACCCCAGGAUCCGCCACCAGCCCACAUGGAAAAGAAAGAAAAACUGGGAGAGGUGCCCGGCGAAACCAGCCGGGGUGGGAGCGAGGGGCCCCUCGGCCCUCCCCCCCACCGCACCCCGACCACCUUUGACCCCUUUGAGGGUGUCACCCUCCCCCCGCCUGGUGCAGUCCGCGCCCUUUAUUUAUGGUAGGACCUACAAGAAGGCAAAGCAAAAAUAGCCUCGCCUCCCCUCCACUGCCAUCGCGGCACGCCCGGGGUGACAUGAGGAAUUUUAGGGUGCAAGGUGGGGGGCACACAUGGGUGCAGCCCUGUUGGGUGCGUGGGGACGAGCUGUGUCCCCGCUGUUGCCCACAGGCUCUCGGCGCAGCAUGGGGGAGGCAAGUGACAUGGACAGCGGGAUCAUGCUGCACUCGGGCCAUGACAGCCCAGUGUCCCCCCCAAAGGAGCGGGUGCAGGUGGGGCAGCGGCAGCAGCAGGCACUGGAGGCCCAGCUUGAUGGCUGCAUCCAGGAGCUGCGACGGCUAUGCCUGCGUGAGGCGGAGCUGACGGGGACCCUGCCCUGCGAGUACCCCCUGAAAGCUGGCGAGAAGCCUCCCAAGGUCCGUCGCAGGAUCGGGGCUGCCUUCAAGCUGGAUGAGAUCGCCGUUCUGCGUGGGGUGGACCCUCUGGAACGGGAGCGGGCGCUGCAGCUGCAGAUUGCCGAGGCCUCCCGCCGGCUCUGCCGCGAGGAGAACAUCGGCCGGCAGGUGCGGAAGAGGCGGCAGACGGCAGCACUCCGGGAGGAGCAGAAGCUGCGGGAUCUGGAGCAGGUCUUGAGUCAGCGGCGGCUCCUGGCAGAGCAGCGGGACACCAGUACUGCCAAGGGGCCCUGCCCCAUAGAGCUCAGUGCCUCUGACGAGAGCUCCAUGUUUGACACUGGCCUGCUGGAAGAGGAGGACACAUGGCCACCAGGACCUGCCACCCCGCAGAGGUCCCCAUCUCCCAAGGACCCCACCAAGGAAGAGGAGGAGUCAGGGCUUCUGAUGCCCCCCCGUAUUCCCUGGCAGGAGACCAGCCUGCACAGACCCUAUGAGAGGGCCAAAAAUUCCAGCAUCGACCCUGAGGAUGGUGAAACCCAGAGCUCCCAAUGCUGUCUUGGGGCCCUGAUGGCUGCCCCUUCUAGCUCCUUGGCCCCCAGCAGCCCUGACUCUGCAGGCCCCCCAGUGUCCAGGACAGGGGACCCUCCCUACCGGUUCGUCCCCAUCCGGACCCUGGUGCUGUGCCAGCAGGCAGGUUCCAGUGCUCCCACCACCCCUGAGCCAUCAGGACGGCAGGGACAGACCCAGUCUCUGAGGGUGGACCCAUGCUGGCAGCCAGCUGAGCCACGGGGCCGCAGCGCCGCACCCCGCCGGCGCCCCACCUACUACACAGUCACUGUGCCCACCUCCUGCAUCCUGACCCCUGGCCCUGCGUGCCACUCUGGCUCUGAUGACAGCAUCUCCGACCUCUCCAGCAUCUCCCACGCCACCUCCCCAGGCAGCAGCAGCCCUGACAUGUCUUUUGCAGUUCGGCUUCCCCUUGCCGAGCCUGGUUACUACCCACAGGGUGCCCUCCAGCUCCUGCCACCUGCUGGCCCCCUGACUUCCCUGUAUGAGCAGGAUCUGGCCCCACUGCGGUACCAGCGCCUGGUGCCCUCUCGUAGCCGCAUUGUGCGCACCCCCUCACUCAAAGACUACGUGCCCGCUGGGGCCCGGGGGCUCUCCAAGGCUGCCGUCGCCGAGGAGCUCAAAUCAUGGCACCAGCGUGCCCGGCUGAGGGGUGCCCGGCCCCACUCCCUCGACCGGCAAGGGGCUCUCCAGAGACCCCAUGGUGGGACCACCAGGGAUGUGCCCAUUGCUCAUGGAAUCCUGUCACUGGUUCAGGGUCCCCCAGUGCAGGUGCUGCGACGCUCAGCAGCCGGCGUGCCUGUGCAGGUCUAUAUGCCCGAGAACGGCGAGAUCGUCACCCAAGUGUGAGUGCCAUGUCCUCACCCCGGGGCGGGGGCACAUCCUGGCUGGCCCAGGGGCGGCAGGGACGUCUCAUGCCUCCCCACCCCGGUGUAGGGGCACAGGAGGGAGCCACAGUGGGGUGGCAGGGGCUGGCCCCCACCCUGUGUUCCCUCACUGGCACUGCAAUGCUGAUAGGGACACUGUGACCCCAGUGCUUAUGGUGACCUUGGUGUCACCACAACCCUGAAUUUGAGGUUCUGGUCUCUAAUAAAAGUGGUUUUUGGGAUACAUCA